AUGUCUAACAACCAUCAGCUCAAGCAGGCCAUCGUCGACAGUGUCGAGCAUGGCACUUACCCGGAGCCCGACGUCUCGUCUGCCGAAGUCUCAUCAACCCUCCUUCCCGCCCUGCUAGCCGAUCUUCAAAAGGCGCGGGAUGAAGUCAAGACAGAUAUCCGUAGUCUGAGCAAAGAGGUUGCGCCCGACGUCGACGGAUGGAUCGCUCAAGCCAAAAAGCUUCAAGCCGACAUUGAAAGAUCAAAGGCAACGGCCAGGGACAUUGUUGCUCAAGCCGAAGCUGGCAAGGCCCUGAAAGAGAAGACACACGAUACUGGAAACAAAGUCCAACUGCUUGAGAAAGAAGUCGCUUUCAACCAAUCUCUGACCACGACCCUGGAGCUGAUCAAGUCGUCCUGUCGCAUACUUGACCAGGCUGACCAAGCGUACACCAACGACCAUUUACGCGCCGCUCUCGACCACAUCAAACAAUGCGACAACUCUAUAACUGCUCUCUCUGCCGUUCAGGAUACAAGAGCUGUCGGGCUGUUGCAAACACGCAGUUCACGCUUCAAGGCCGCUUUCCUGGACAGAACAAUAGAACUUGCUCAGUCCCUCUUACAUUGUGAUAUCACCAAUCGCACUGUGACGAUCAAGGAUAACAUCUCAGACUCGCCAUCUGUCGACCUGGCGUUGGUUGUAGACAUACUCCGAUAUCUCGGAGGUCUAGACAUCUACAUCAGACGAUUGAAGCGCGACAUCGAAUUUGCCCUUGUCAACCCACGUCUGUCUACGAAAUCAGGCCAGCACACUGUCUUCCAGGUCAAAGAUGGUUGUAUCAGCGUCUCGAACACGAGCUCCAAGCCCGACACUAUCGCUACCCUGGACGAUAUCUGGAUAAUCUUGGACUUCUUCUCUACCCAUCUACCGAAAUCUGUUUGCGAGCCCUUGUCGCAGAAGUUGUUGCCCUCUCUGUUCGAGACACUCACAUUUACUUGGCUCGACCAAUCUGUUCCUGUACAAAUCGAGCAGAUGCCCGUCUUUCAACAAAUCCUAGAUCGCGUGUCCAAACUUGCCGAGCAAAUCGACUCUCUCAACUGGUCAAGCACUGCUCUACUGAAGGACUGGGUGCAGAACGCUCCUAGGACGUGGCUGUCAAAACGUAGGGAAACAGCGCUCGGGGCAGCGAGAAGUCUGCUCUUCUCUAGUCUCAGGGACAGGAGAACCGUCGAGAGAGUUGAGACGCAGACCGUGUCAAAAGGCGAUGCUAUCAUGGGUGGCACCGAUGUCGACGAAGCAGACGAUGCAUGGGCCGCUGAUUGGGAGGAAGAUACGCCAGAGACACAGGAAGCCGACGCCAAGAAACCCGAGCCUACAACGAAUGAUGACGAGGAUGACGAUGCCAGCGCAUGGGAUAUGGAUGAGGAUAUUGCAUAUGUUCCGGCCGGAUCGUCUGCACCUGCAGCCAAUGGAGAGAACCAGGAAGAUGACGCAGCAGACGCUUGGGGUUGGGGUGAUGACGAGCAAACCACAGACGAUACAUCGAAGCCGGACUCUCCAGCGAAAGCCGUCAAGGCUCAGAAGACAAGUCAGACGACAUCAUCUGGCGAAAGAGAACUGACGCUCAGGGAGACGUACACGGUGACGGCAGUGCCGGAUGGAAUGCUCGACAUUGUCAUGCAAGUUGUGUCGGAUGCCGAAACUUUGACAGACCCCAGCUAUUCUGGAUCUCCCAUAGGACCAGCAGCCUCGGCGUUAUAUACCUUGCCGACGUUUGUGCUCGCCAUAUAUCGGGCUACAGCAUCCACAGCUUACGGCAAAUUGGACUCGGGCAACAUGCUGAUCUACAACGAUGCUUCUCGACUGGCUGAUCAAAUCCGGACUUUUAUCAACAAGCAAGCCGAAAAGGAUGCGAAUUCAGCACUACCGGCUCAUUUGAGACCAUCAUCACGACUUAGACUGGAUAAUGACAUCAAGGCGUUGGAAACAUUUGCAAAGAGAGCAUACAGUGCCGAGAUGGAGUCGCAACGUACGAUUAUUCGUGACAUGCUCGAUGGAGCUCAGGGCUUCUCCAACUGCAAUGCGGAACCAUUCACGAGCGCAUGCGAGAGUGCUGUCAGCAUUACUGAAGGACGGCUGCGCGACGUACACAAGCAGUGGACACGGAUCUUGUCACGAUCCGCCUUGUUGCAGUCUUCUGCGUCGCUGCUCAGCACGGCGAUCGGCAAGAUGAUCAUGGAGAUUGAAGAGAUUCAAGACAUUGGCGAAGAAGAGUCCAAGAAGCUUCGGCAGCUUUGCGAUGAGAUGUCGAAAGUCAAGGAUCUGUUCAUGCAGGAGCAUGAGGGCGGAGAGGCAACGGACAUGACAGGCAUCUACUGCCCGAACUGGUUCAAGUUCCAAUACCUAGGCGAGUUGCUGGAGAGUUCACUGGCGGACAUCAAGUAUUUGUGGACCGAGGGCGAGUUGAGACUCGAGUUUGAGGCGGAUGAGGUGACUGAUUUGAUUGAGGCUCUGUUUGCGGACAGCGAUUACAGACGCAAGGCGAUUGCAGAUAUCCGGAGGAGCUAG